AAGAGUAUAAAGUAGAAUUUCUCGAUCGGUAAGAAGAUCAUUGUUCGAACAGUUUGAAGGACAAUGAAAAAAACUAUAGAUGGUAUCGAAUCGUACGCAACAGGUUGCAGGUAAAUAUACACAAGUGAAUAUGUAUUGAAGUGUAUGACGUCAUGAUCGAGAUAUCGAUAAAGAAAGAAUCAAGAAAGAUUCAGGGAAGCAGAUAUGAAAGAACUGUUAAAAAAUAUAGAAUCAAUACUUAUUAAAUGUAUGAUGAUUGGUGGGGUAUCGCAUAGCUGAAGCCAAACUUGAUCAUGGUUUAGUUAAAGAUAGUUUUUCCACCUCUUUCAGUUGCUUCCACCUGGCACACCCGAUUCGAACCGAAACUCCCCGAGUGGACGCGUCAACGUGCCGGUCACGGUCGUGGCCCAUUCUCUGAAACAACUACUGUUGCUUUUUGUGUCCUAUUUUUCAGUGUAGUCAGUGAUCUUUUCUUUUUUCAUGUUCGUUGCUUCUUUUAAGCGCUAAGCUUCGACGAGCUUCUCUAGUCACGUCGGACAUGAAAAGCGCGCUUCACAUCACGUUCAAAGUGUAGUGCAGUGCCUCUUAAUGGAGUGUGCCAACAUCGUGUAGCCACUUUCGUCGUGUUUUUCGUUACUCGCAUAAGGCGGAGUGCCGACAACCACGACUUGAGAGAUGGUCAUCGUCACGCGGGGAGAUUACAUAUGGAUCGAACCAAUCUCAGGGAGAGAAUUUGACGUUGCUAUCGGAGCACGAGUUAUUUCCGCGGAAGGCAGACGCAUUCAAGUGAAAGACGACGAUAACAAGGAACAAUGGCUGACUCCAGAGAGGCGAAUAAAAGCGAUGCAUGCCACUUCUGUGCAAGGUGUAGAAGAUAUGAUCAGUUUAGGAGACCUCCAUGAAGCGGGCAUUUUAAGGAAUUUGUUGAUCCGUUAUAAUGAGAAUCUCAUAUACACGUACACCGGUUCGAUUCUAGUCGCUGUGAAUCCAUAUCAAAUAUUGCCUAUUUAUACCGCGGAACAAAUCAAAUUGUACAAGGAUCGUAAAAUCGGAGAGCUACCGCCUCAUAUAUUCGCAAUUGGAGAUAAUAGUUACGCACAUAUGAAUCGAUAUGGUCAAGAUCAAUGUAUAGUGAUUAGCGGCGAAAGCGGAGCCGGCAAAACGGAAAGUACGAAACUAAUUUUGCAAUAUUUGGCAGCGAUUAGCGGAAAGCAUUCUUGGAUUGAACAACAAAUUUUGGAAGCGAAUCCCAUCUUAGAAGCAUUCGGCAAUGCUAAGACUGUACGAAACGAUAAUUCAUCACGCUUUGGAAAAUAUAUUGACAUUCACUUUAACGAACAAGGAGUAAUAGAAGGAGCAAAAAUAGAGCAAUAUUUAUUGGAGAAGUCACGAAUAGUUUCACAAAGUCUGGACGAAAGAAACUAUCAUGUAUUUUAUUGUAUGUUGGCUGGUCUUUCGAAAGAAGAGAAGCAAAAGCUAGAAUUGGAAGAUGCUUCUUCGUACAAGUAUUUAACAGGGGGUGGUAGUAUCACGUGCGAAGGUCGAGAUGACGCUGCAGAAUUUGCUGACAUUAGAUCAGCAAUGAAGGUUUUACUGUUUUCUGACAUGGAAAUAUGGGAGAUACUCAAGCUUCUUGCUGCCUUGUUGCACAUGGGAAAUGUCAAAUACAGAGCUAUCGUCGUAGAUAAUUUGGACGCUACUGAAAUUCCGGAACAAACAAAUGUGCAAAGAGUAGCGCAUUUAUUGGGCGUACCUGUUCAGUCUUUGAUAGACGCACUUACUCGUAAAACAAUAUUCGCUCACGGUGAGACUGUUGUGUCCACGUUGUCCAGAGAACAAUCGGUGGAUAUUAGAGACGCGUUCGUCAAGGGGAUAUACGGGCGUUUAUUCGUGCACAUCGUGAAAAAAAUAAACGAAGCGAUUUACAGGCCCAAGAACACGUCUAGAAGCGCUAUAGGUGUACUGGAUAUAUUCGGUUUUGAAAAUUUCAGUCACAAUAGCUUUGAACAAUUUUGCAUCAAUUACGCGAACGAGAAUCUACAACAAUUUUUCGUCCAACAUAUUUUCAAGCUUGAGCAAGAAGAAUAUAAUCACGAAGGUAUAAAUUGGCAACACAUCGAGUUCGUCGACAAUCAAGAUGCCCUCGAUUUGAUAGCCAUCAAACAAUUGAACAUUAUGGCAUUGAUCGACGAGGAAUCAAAGUUCCCCAAAGGGACGGAUCAAACUAUGCUAGCCAAGAUACACAAAACUCACGGAAGCCAUCGGAAUUAUUUAAAACCAAAAUCAGAUAUCAACACGUCUUUCGGCCUGAAUCAUUUCGCCGGCGUCGUGUUCUACGAUACAAGAAGUUUCCUCGAGAAGAACAGGGAUACGUUCAGUGCCGAUUUGUUGCAAUUGAUCCACAUAUCGUCGAACAAAUUUCUACAAGCUUGCUUCGCCGAAGACAUAGGUAUGGGAUCAGAGACGAGAAAAAGAACUCCCACCUUGUCCACUCAGUUCAAAAAAUCUUUGGAUUCGUUAAUGAAAACGUUGUGCAGUUGUCAACCUUUCUUCAUUAGGUGUAUCAAACCGAACGAGUACAAGAAACCGAUGAUGUUCGACAGAGGCCUUUGUUGCCGUCAAUUAAGAUAUUCUGGAAUGAUGGAAACGAUCCGAAUCCGCAGAGCUGGUUACCCAAUCAGGCAUUCCUUUCCGGAGUUCGUCGAGAGAUACAGGUUUUUGAUACCGGGUAUACCACCGGCACACAAAGUAGAUUGUCGCGCGGUUACGUCAAAAAUUUGUCAUAUAGUGUUGGGAAAAUCGGAUUAUCAACUCGGGCAUACGAAAGUGUUUCUCAAAGAUGCCCACGACUUGUUCUUGGAACAAGAACGCGACCGUGUUUUAACGCGAAAGAUUCUAAUACUACAGCGCAAUAUACGUGGUUGGGUUUACAGAAGAAGGUUCCUCCGCAUGAGAACAGCGGCAACAGUGGUACAAAAAUAUUGGAGGGGUUACGCGCAACGACAACGGUACAAACGCAUGCGCAUCGGUUACAUGCGACUUCAAGCCUUGAUCAGAUCGCGAGUGUUAUCUCAUAGGUUUAGGCAUCUCAGAGGGCACAUAGUCGCUCUUCAGGCGCGAGCCAGAGGUUAUCUGGUGAGGAAAAUGUAUCAAAAAAAAUUGUGGGCGAUCGUGAAGAUACAAGCUCAUGUUCGAAGGCUGAUCGCGCAAAGACGAUACAAAAAGAUCAAGUACGAGUAUCGGUUGCACGUCGAAGCGUUGAGACUUCGAAAGAAAGAGGAACGGGAGUUGAAAGAUCAAGGUAAUAAACGGGCGAAAGAAAUUGCCGAGCAAAAUUAUAGGGAACGAAUGCAAGAGUUGGAGAGGAAAGAAAUUGAGAUGGAAUUGGAAGAUCGGCGUAGAAUGGAAAUUAAAAAAAAUCUGAUAAACGACGCAGCUAAGAAGCAAGACGAACCGGUUGACGAUAGCAAAUUGGUCGAGGCUAUGUUUGAUUUCUUGCCGGAUUCAAGCAGCGAGGCCCCUACUCCUGCCAGGGAAACUUCCGUAUUCAAUGAUCUUCCCGCUCCAAAAGCGGAUCAACAGGAAAUCAUUAGUCCUGUUCAAACGGCCUCGGAGGAUGAGGAGGAUUUAUCGGAGUUCAAAUUCCAAAAAUUUGCGGCAACCUAUUUCCAAGGGAAUAUCACGCACCAAUAUUCGAGAAAGCCGUUGAAGCAUCCAUUGUUACCUUUGCAUACGCAAGGGGAUCAGUUAGCCGCGCAAGCUUUAUGGAUCACGAUACUUCGUUUCACCGGAGAUUUACCCGAGCCUAGAUUUCAUACGAUGGACAGAGAUACGACUUCGGUUAUGUCGAAGGUUACAGCCACGCUUGGCCGCAAUUUCAUUCGAAGCAAAGAAUUCCAAGAAGCACAAAUGAUGGGUGUAGAUCCGGAAACGUUUCUCAGACAAAAACCACGAUCGAUAAGACACAAGUUGGUCUCAUUGACGUUGAAACGAAAAAAUAAACUAGGCGAGGAUGUGAGACGGAAGUUACAAGAAGACGAAUACACAGCGGAUAGUUAUCAGUCUUGGUUGGAAGCGAGGCCCACCUCGAAUCUCGAAAAAUUGCAUUUUAUUAUUGGUCACGGAAUAUUACGUGCCGAAUUGAGAGACGAGAUAUAUUGUCAAAUAUGUAAACAACUGACGAAUAAUCCUUCCAAAUCUUCGCACGCUCGCGGUUGGAUUUUGCUCUCGCUUUGCGUUGGAUGUUUCGCACCGUCCGAGAAAUUUGUCAAUUAUUUGCGAGCAUUCAUUAGAGAGGGACCACCUGGAUACGCACCGUAUUGCGAGGAUCGACUGAAGAGAACGUUCAACAACGGUACGAGGAAUCAACCGCCGAGCUGGUUGGAACUUCAAGCGACCAAAUCGAAGAAACCUAUCAUGUUACCAAUCACGUUUAUGGAUGGUAAUACUAAAACAUUACUUGCCGAUUCUGCAACCACCGCCAGAGAAUUGUGCAAUCAAUUGUCCGAUAAAAUAUCGUUACGUGAUCAAUUCGGAUUUUCUCUUUACAUCGCGUUGUUCGAUAAAGUAUCGUCCCUCGGUAGUGGUGGAGAUCACGUGAUGGAUGCCAUUUCUCAAUGCGAACAAUACGCUAAGGAGCAAGGUGCUCAAGAAAGGAAUGCUCCGUGGAGAUUGUUCUUCAGAAAAGAAAUAUUCGCACCUUGGCACGAGCCAACGGAAGAUCAAGUCGCUACUAAUUUAAUUUAUCAACAGGUAGUUAGAGGGGUUAAAUUUGGCGAGUAUCGUUGCGACAAGGAAGAAGAUUUAGCAAUGAUCGCCGCCCAACAAUAUUACAUCGAAUAUCACACGGACAUGAACGUUGAUAGGUUAUACACUCUUUUGCCGAAUUAUAUUCCAGACUAUUGUUUGACGGGUAUUGACAAAGCGAUCGAUAGAUGGGGACAUCUCGUUUUGCAAGCAUAUAAAAAGAGUUAUUAUUUAAAGGAGAAGGUACCUGCUUUACGCGUUAAAGAAGAUAUCGUUGGUUAUGCCAAAUUUAAGUGGCCAUUGCUUUUUUCUCGUUUUUACGAAGCAUAUAGAAAUUCUGGCCCGAAUUUGCCAAAAAAUGAUGUUAUUAUAGCUGUCAAUUGGACAGGAGUAUACGUCGUAGAUGAUCAAGAACAAGUACUUCUCGAAUUGUCAUUUCCCGAGAUUACCACCGUGUCUAGUCAGAAAACUAAUAAAAUGUUCACGCAAACGUUUAAUUUAUCAACGGUGCGAGGAGAAGAAUUUACUUUUCAAAGCCCUAAUGCCGAGGAUAUUCGUGAUUUGGUGGUAUACUUCUUGGAAGGUCUGAAAAAACGUAGUAAAUACGUUAUCGCUUUGCAAGAUUACAAAGCACCAGGUGAAGGUUCCUCGUUUUUGACUUUUCAAAAGGGAGAUCUCAUCAUUUUGGAGGAGGAAAGUACCGGCGAAACUGUUCUUAAUUCGGGAUGGUGCGUCGGCACAUGCGAAAGAACCGGUGAAAAAGGCGAUUUUCCAGCCGAGACAGUUUAUGUUUUGCCCUCGUUAACGAAACCACCAAACGAUAUUUUGUCCUUGUUCAGCAUCGAAGGGACAGAAAAUGGCCGAAAAUUGUAUCCGCAGCAAGUAAAUGGUGUAGAAUCUCGUGACAAACCUCACACCCUCUUAGAAUAUGCUAUUGAUCAUUUCCGAACGCCUCCAAAAAGAACAAUGUCGAAAGCAUUGACGUUGACAACAGCGCGACGUGGCCAUACCGAUGAGUUGUGGCAUCAUUCCAGAGAUCCGAUCAAACAACCUCUUUUAAAGAAAUUGAUAUCUAAAGAAGAAUUAGCCGAAGAAGCGUGUUUUGCCUUUAACGCGAUCUUAAAAUACAUGGGUGAUCUACCAACAAAAAGACCUCGAAUCGGUAACGAGUAUACCGAUCUUAUUUUCGAUGGACCAUUAAAGAACGAAAUUCUUCGGGACGAAAUUUAUUGUCAAGUCAUGAAACAAUUAACGGAUAAUCGGAAUAGAUUGAGCGAAGAGCGCGGAUGGGAAUUAAUGUGGCUAGCCACUGGUCUUUUUACUUGUAGUCAAAGUCUUUUGAAGGAAUUAACAUUAUUCUUGCGUACGAGACGACAUCCUAUAUCUCAGGAUUCUCUACAAAGGUUACAAAAAACUUUACGUAAUGGCCAGCGAAAAUAUCCUCCGCAUCAAGUAGAAGUGGAAGCUAUACAGCAUAAAACGACACAAAUAUUCCAUAAAGUUUAUUUUCCCGACGAUACAGACGAAGCAUUCGAAGUAGAUUCAUCAACGAGAGCUAAAGAUUUUUGUCAAAACAUUGCGCAAAGAUUAAAUUUACGGUCCGCAGAAGGAUUCAGUCUUUUUGUGAAGAUUGCCGACAAAGUCAUCUCAGUUCCGGAAGGGGAUUUCUUUUUCGAUUUUGUACGGCAUUUGACAGAUUGGAUAAGAAAAGCUAGACCGUCUCGUGAUGGCGUAUCACCCCAAUUUACAUAUCAAGUCUUUUUUAUGAAAAAAUUAUGGACCAAUACUGUUCCUGGUAAGGAUAGAAACGCAGACCUCAUUUUCCACUUUCAUCAAGAACUUCCUAAAUUAUUAAGAGGGUAUCAUAAAUGUACAAAAGAAGAAGCAUCGAGAUUAGCAGCAUUGGUGUACAGAGUUCGUUUUGGUGAGAGUAAACAGGAACUUCAAGCGAUUCCGAUUCUUUGCAGGCAAAUGUUAAGAGAACUUAUACCCGGCGAUUUAGUGAAGGUACAAAGUUCCAAUGAUUGGAAAAGAUCGAUAAUAGCAGCAUAUAAUCAAGAUGCUGGUAUGAGCCCAGAAGAUGCUAAAAUAACAUUUUUGAAAAUUGUUUAUCGAUGGCCAACUUUUGGUUCGGCAUUUUUUGAAGUUAAACAAAGUACAGAACCAAAUUAUCCGGAAUUAUUGUUAAUUGCUAUCAAUAAACAUGGUGUAAGUCUUAUACAUCCACAAACGAAAGAUAUAUUAGUAACGCAUCCUUUUACCAGAAUUUCAAAUUGGUCGUCAGGUAAUACUUAUUUUCAUAUGACGAUAGGAAAUUUAGUUCGAGGUUCGAAAUUAUUGUGCGAAACUUCACUUGGAUAUAAAAUGGAUGAUCUUUUAACUUCAUAUAUUUCGUUAAUGCUUACAAAUAUGAAUAAGCAACGUACAAUACGGAUAAAAUAAAUGUGAUUUUAUUGAACUAUUUUAAACCGUGAUCGAUGAUUAAAUGUGCGCAAGAUGAGAAUGUGAAUGAGGAAUGUUAAGAAAAUAUUAAAAUAGUCAAGACUAAGAAAUAUCAGAUAAUUCAAUAAUUAAAAAUUUUCGAUUUUCAUGCUAUUUAUCAAAUUAAUUUUAUAUUAAUUAUAGAAAAUAUAUUUAAAUAUUAAUCCAUUUCAACAUAAUAAUAGAUAAUUCUGUACUUAUUAUAGAUAUACUCGAAUAAUUUUUCACAGAAAGAACGUUGCCAAGCACAAUAGAAAAUCUCAUAUAGUAAUAAUAAUAUAUCCUUAAACGUUUCUAUAAUAAGAAACGUUUUAUAUACAUAUAUAUGUUUUUGUUAUAAAUUUUUUAUUAUAUAUACAUAUAAGUAUAUACAAUAUAUUCACGUUACUAUUUUUACUGUUAUUGUAUCCAUUGUCGUUCAAGUUUCGUUAAUAUGAUAAUGUUUGAGAAUAUAAAGGGGAUUAUGAUGCACGUGUACACAAAUAAUUAGUUAAAAAAGUUUGUAUAUGAUUUAUUUACAAAUAAGAUUUUUCAUAUAAUUUUGUAAAAUAUUAUUUUAACAUAUAGGAAAAAGAAAUAUACAAUGAAAGAAGUUCACAUUCAAACGUAUUCUAUUCAUUUUGAAUUGGAGAUAUAUAUAUAUAUAUAUAUAAAUUGGGAUGUAUAUAUAAUUAAUAUUAUGUGUAAUCUAAAAUAAUUCUAUAUUUGCAAAAAAUUAUUCAAAAAUAUAGAAUUUACGUUCGAACGUGUACUUAAAAUAAUUUUCUAAUGAAACGUAAUGAUUACUCAAUAAUUAUCCGUCCACUGAUACAUGUAAGGAUGUAAUUAUUAACUUAAAAAAUUUAUUACUGUGAAUAAAGAUAAUCAUGUUCUUCAGGUACUUGGUGCAAAUUUUAAUCGUGGGUAAAUUCCCAUAGUAUACAUAUACCGACAUUCCUCUUUUACAAUGGAUCUCUUCAGGAAGACAAUUCCCAAAGCGAUCUUAUCUCACUUCCUGCUGCAAAUAAUUAUAUUCGAUGGUAUCUGGAAAAAAACUCAUACCAAGUUGAAAAAUCAAGAAAUGAAUUGUUUCUGAUAGAUAAUUUCUAAUUUCCAUUUUAAUAAAAUUCCAUUAUUUUGAUCGAAACGUAUUAUCGUAUUUUGUGUAUAACAAUGUCUCACUUUCUUCAUAUUUCCAACAAAUUCAGUUAAAAACAGUAUUAUUUCUUUGAUCCAACUCGAUACAUUAAUAGUUCUGGUUGUCUCUACUACUGAAUCUUGGGAUUUGGAAAUAAUGUAUAGGUAAUAGAGUAAAGAUUUUAUUAUAUAAAUCUUUUCAAUUUAUUGCAAAACAUAGAGAGACAUAAAAACGUAUAUAUACUACUUAAACUUUUCUUUUGUUUCAUCCAUUUAAAAUGCACCAAUACAUAUUUUCAAGUGAACAAGCAUAUUGUCGUCUCUGCAGAUUGAUACCAAAAAUUUUUAUCACAAUUGAAAAAUUAAGGUAUUGAUAAUCAGUGAGAUUAAUAAAAA